UUGAAAGUUCAACCGGAAUACGCUCUCUCCUACCCGUCGCUAGCUUAACCUUAGUUGUGAUGUUAGCCUGUUUUCUUGGACACUCGCUUAUCCCACUUCCCUGGUAAUUGCCUCAAGCCCCCCCUCAGGAAACCAUGGCCGAGCAGGCCUCGGGACCCCCUCUGUCGUCCCAACAUGACGAGGCGCUCCAGCAGAGAGUGGCAGCUCUGGAGCAGGAGAGGGCCGAGUUCAUCAAACUCAAGCAGCAGCUGGAGGCCGAGUUCAACCAGAAGCGGGCCAAGUUCAAAGAGCUCUACCUGUCCAAGGAAGAGGAGUUGAAGAGGCAGACCGCCAUGCUGGAGGGUUCCCAGGCUGAGCUGAGCUCCGUCCAGGUCCAGCUGUCUCAGGCCCUGUCCGAGAUAGAGAACAUCAAAGCGGUGGCCACCUUGUCGGAAAACACCAAGCAGGAAGCCAUCGACCAGGUCCGCAGCCAGUGGCAGGAAGAGGUGGCCUCACUUCAGGCCAUCAUGAAAGAAACAGUGUGUGAGUAUGAGGUCCAGUUCCACCAGCGUCUGGACCAGGAGCGAGCCCAGUGGAACCAAUACCGCGAGGCAGUGGAGAGGGAAAUGGGUGAGCUGAGGCGCCGCCUCACUGAGGGCAAGGAGGAGGAGAACCUGGAGGACGAGAUGAAAAAAGCCCAAGAGGAUGCAGAGAAGCUGCGUUCAGUGGUGAUGCCCAUGGAGCAGGAGAUAGCAGCUCUGAAAGCCAAGCUGACGACAGCCGAGGACAGGGUGAAAGAACUGGAGGCCUCUAAGGUGAAGGAGCUCAAUCAUGUUCUUGAGGCUGAGAAGUCGUGUCGUACGGACCUGGAGAUGUAUGUGGCUGUGUUGAACACUCAGAAGUCUGUUCUGCAGGAGGAUGCGGAGAAACUACGGAAAGAGCUUCACGAUGUGUGUCACAAGCUGGAGUUGGAGCGGCAACAGCACAACCAGCUGAAACACACUUGGCAGAGAGCCAACGACCAGUUCCUGGAGUCCCAACGCCUCCUCAUGAGGGACAUGCAGAGGAUAGAGAGCGUGCUGUCCUCUGAACAGCUCCGCCAGGUGGAGGAGAAGAAGAAGAAAGACCAGGAGGAGGAUGAAAAAGAGAGGCUGAGCCAAGUGAAGGAGCAGCACGAGGAGGAUGCUGCAGACAACACCGAGCCUUUGGAGGAUUUAUUCCUCGGGCUGAGCGUCGACGAGCCCAAUGCAAACCUCAGCACCCACGGCUCCAUGCACUCCUUAGACACUGAUGUGGUGGCAGGGGGCCCCAUGGACCCCUACAAGGACAACCUGCGAAGAGUUCAGUCAACAGACAGCCUUGGCUCCUCGCUGUCUGUCCAGCAGGGCCUUGGCGGCCACAACCACAAAGCCAAGUCGGCCAGCCACUUGGACGAGUCGGACUUCGGGCCCUUGGUGGGGGCCGACUGUGGGGUGACAGACAGUAGUUUUGGUGAAACUUGGUCCGUCAGCUCCAUGAAGCUGACUGCAAGUCAUUUCCUCCUGACUAAAGACCAGGAGAAGGCCAUCAAAGCCAUGACGCCUGAGCAGGAGGAGACAGCGUCUCUGCUGUCCAGCAUCUCCCACGCCCCUGACACCGCCUUCUUACCUCCUGCAGGCUACAGACUGGUCAGCGACAGCGAGUGGAACCUGCUACAGCAAGAGGUUAAAAAUGCUGGCAGGAAGCUCGGCCGGCGUUGUGAUAUGUGCUCCAACUACGAGAAGCAGCUGCAGGCCAUCCAAGGACAAGAGGCUGAGACACGAGAUCAGGUGAAGAAGCUACAGGUGAUGCUCCGUCAGGCCAAUGAUCAGCUGGAGAGGACGAUGACAGAGAAACAGAAUUUGGAAGAUUCUUUCAAAUUAGGCAACGAGGAAACCGCUGCUAAGGUGUCCGCCCUCCUGCAAAGAGUCCAGGAGUCAGAAACGCUGCUCAGCACACUACAACAGGCCUUCAGUGAAGCUAAGAGGAACACACAGGAACAGAUGGUGGUGCUGGUGAAGUCCAGGGAGCAGGUGGCAGAUGAACUAAGCCGACUGCAGAGAGACAAUGAGAGCCUGCAGGGAAAACACAGGCUGCAUGUAGAACUACAGCAACAAGAGGACUUCCAAAUGCCCAAUACUGUGCAAGAGCUGCAUGGCCUGGUGUUGGGGCUACGUGAGGACCUGGUGGCGUUACGGACGUCUGCUGAUCACAUGGAGGAGAAGCUAAAAGCGGAAAUUCUGUUUCUGAAGGAGCAGAUCCAGGCGGAGCAGUGUCUAAAGGAAAACCUGGAGGACACUCUGCAGCUGGAGAUCGAGGGCUGUAAGGAGGAGAUAGACAUCUUGGAAGCAUCUUUCUCCAGUCUGAAGACAGAGCUGGAGCGAAUAAAAGCGGAGAAGGAACAGUUGCAGAGCAGUCUAACUGAGAAGACUGAGACGCUGGAGAGCAUACAGGGCCUGAGGAUCAGCCUGGAGCAGCAGCUCAAAGAGCUCAUCACUGCAAAGAGUGCACUAGAGAGUCAGGUCCUUGACGAGAGAGACAAAGCACAGCGGCUGCAAACAGAACUGGACGUCAGCGAGCAGGUUCAGAAGGAUUUUGUCAAACUUUCUCAGACCCUUCAGGUACAGUUGGAACGAAUACGACAGGCAGACUCUUUGGAUCGAAUCAAAAUCAUCCUCAAUGACACCAACUUCACUGACAUCAACCAGCUUCCAGACACAUGAUAUCACUGAGUGAAAACUGCCUUCAGUUUCUUUCCCCUCUUUCUCUUUAUCACUGGCCCAAUAACAUUAUUGAUCUGACCCCCCCCACCCCCCCUAACCACAGAAGAAGAAGUUUGGAUGGACAAGGACAGACAUGGCGCGAGGAGCCUUUUGUGUACAUUAAGAGUCGUGGAAGAUGGAUAGAAUAAUGAAGAAAAAAACACUACUAAAAAAAUGUAAAUAACUAAAUGUGUGACUCUGGACGGAGGAGUUGGAAGUCUGUUUGUGUCUUGUUUCUACUGUAUAUAUGACUGUCUGUAUUAGCUCAACCAAAAGGGUUUGUCAUCUUCUAAAGCACUUUUCAUCUGUUACUUUUCUUUCCAGGUAAAUAGGAAACAAAUGGGUGCAUCCUUCUGUUCUCCAAGAGGUUGAUAAUCACAUCCUUGUUCCACUCGCUUGUUCUUUUCCCUUUUCUGGCUAUUUUCCAGUGACUUUUGAUGACAAAGACACAAUGAAGGAAAUUCAAGGAAAAUACAUAACUGGGAUAAAAAAAAGGAACAUAACAAAGUUUGAGCAAUACCCUCCAUUUCUUAAACAUCGUCUACUGUAUCUUGCUUCGUUCUUGUUCUUCGUUUUUAAUUUUUUUUUUUCUUUUAAAGCUGCCUAAAUACAGUGAAGAAACAUUGUCUUGUUCAAAGUUUUAUUUUAUUUUUCAACUUCACACUUCAUUGUCAAGGAAACCAUUGAAACGCUAGUAAACCCAGUUCAUGUGAGGUAAAGAAAUGGUUAGGCGGAGGAGAACAGACAAGAAGUGGAUACGGAAAAUGAUUGAUUUUAAUUCACACUUUGCUCCUUUCUAUUGAUUGCCUUUUUUGAAUUGACCUUUAGAGUUUCUUAAUGUAAUUCUAAAGCGCUUUAAUUACAGUGGGCAGCUUUUAAAUUAUGAUGAAAGAGCACACUAUCACAACACUGGCACAAGGUGUUUCUCUUCUGUCGUAGUGGACACAGUACCUGGUAGGGCGACGCCUUAUUUAACAGACACUUCCAAAUGGGAGAAACACUAGCCGCGAACUAACUAAACCUCCCUGCUCCGCCCUAAAGAAUUUUUUUCUGGCUGACUGGGAAAAUUCAGGGUAAAAUUACAACUAAAGGACAGCUGACUUUUCAUAUGACACAUGAGCAAUGAAACGGUUCAUUCAUCACUACAAGAAAUUCUGCUACCUGUGAAGCUACUAAAGGGAUUUAAUUGAAGGGGUCGGCUCACUUUAAGUAUGUCAGUGCAGUAGAAGCAAACCGUGAAUUUAUUUUGAUAUGAGAAAAAUAGUAAAAGGAUGAACAAGUAAAUUAAACACCCAGAAGAUCUGUCACUAAACUGUUGUACAAGAGUUCAGACUGCUACAUGACUAAACCUGCCAGUAUGCUUCAACAGAACUGCUUAUCAGAUGGUUGAAUAGUUUCGGAAACCUCCUCCCCUCACAACUCUCCAACAUUGGAUAGGGGAACUCUGUGUCCAGCCAUCUCUGCAACUUUCUGAAACAAACAAUUCAACAUUCACACCCACUUCAAGCCGUAACCUUUUUCUCAGCUCCUAUAAGAAAAAGUACAUGAAAUUACUGGUAUUUCUGUCACUUUUAGUGAGUAAAAAAAUCUAAAAUGUCUGAAAAUGUACAGCGUUAUCCUCAUAUUCAAACUAUUAUCUAGUCUCUUACGAGUAUAACCCGAUCCUUAGAAGGUCAGUAGGCUUCAAAACAAACCAUGCUGACAUGUCAUUUAACCACAUCUAAGGGCUAAAGUGUUUGUACAUUUUCUGAAUGGCUGCUUUUAAAAGAACACAAGAAUCUUUGUACUUUCAACACAAUAACUCAUUCAAAUGGGGAUAACGGCACACAUUUUCAGACUCUUUUAGUUUCUCCACAAGGGCACUCAAGUUGUUUCACUCUGUUGUUCAUAUGGAAGUGACUGAGGUAUUAGUGAAGAAAGUACAAACCUUGCUACUUUCACAUCUGCACACACACCUGGCCAGUGGCUGCAUGAAGAGGGUGUGAUUGUCUGGAAAGUUGUCAGACGCAGCCCAGGUGAUGUUGCAGACUGAAGGCGCUUUGUUUGAAGCAGACUGAGGCCUUAACCCAUUCUGAAAAUGAACAGCUGCCUUGUGGGCUUUUUGAUUAUCAAUUUUAAUCCAGACAGUAUGAAUAAGAGAAGGAUUUGAACCACAGUUAAUUAGACAGGUGGAGUCCAUGAAGUAGCAACGCUGGAACUCUUGGUGCAUCAGGAUUAGUCUUCCCCAGAAACCUUUUUCACCCCUAAUGGAAUAAAAAAUGCAAGAAUAUUGAUAGGAGGAUUUAUGGUUUGGCUUCAUCUCAAGCUUUAUUAUAUAUUUAACCAACUUAGGCAACCGCAAGUUAUUACACAACUCAAGAGGUGGUACAUUGUCAGCUGCUAUAGCCCGCAUUUGUGUCUCUGCGCUAUGGUGUUGUCAAAAUGACCACAGUGGAAUAUGAUUUGGUAUUAAUAGACUUAUAAAGACUACUAUCAUUGGUAAGAUUGGAAAAUUACUCAUGAUAAUACCAGGGAAAUUGCAACAACCAUCCUUCUAAUGUGCAAACAGAGACAUUUUUAUUUUUGUGACUCCCCAAUUAAUAGUUUUAAUGUUUUCAAACUUGUAAGGAUGUAAAUUUCCCAGGACUUGGCACUAUUUUGAUUAAAGAUCAUGGCUCACAAGUUCUGCACUCUCUUUGAAUGUUUGCACACAUGGAAGUUGCAAAUAUGGAAAAAUAUGAGACUGAAUUAAUUUUCUUCCGCUGGGAAAAAAAAAAUACUCCUGACAUAGAGUGAGGGAUUCUCUUUUAAAACUGCACACAAUAUAUACACGUAUAUAAAAACAUGCAUACAGCAGCAUUGUAUGGUUUAAGGACAUGUUUAUCACUGUUUUUUUGUUUUUGACCUGCAUGUAUUCCAUUUCCUUAUGUUGCAUAUGUCCAUACUGUAGAUAUCUUGAGUUGAUAUUUAUGAUAGAGUCAUGCGAUGUGUUAUGAGAUGAUGUGGAUGUGUGGGCGAGCCAGCCUGAGUUGCACUGACAGAGAACUGUAUGUGUUUGGUUUGUAUGAUUGUGGGUUGAGCGGCUGCGUUCGGGCGCAUUACUGAGAAUUUAAAGUAAGAAAUUUUACAGUGUGAAUCCUGCACGUUGUUUUCUCUGAUCGCCUUAUUGUAUUACUGGCUCGGUGUGUUUUCAUUUUUAUUUGUGACAUUAAGCGUCACUCAUCUAUUACAAUAACAAAUUUGGCCCAUACGGCAUUAAUGUGAGGAUUCCUCGGCAGUCAUCGCAGACAUUCACUAAUUCGUUGUGGUCAUGUUUAAGAGUUGAUUUUUAUUGAAUAAUUUCUGAUCUAACGUUGCUGGAUUAUUUUAAAAAUGUACAUUAAAUCCCAAAAAUGAUUGGCAUAAAUGUUAAUAUGAUGAUUUGAAAGCUCACACUGUGUACUACCUGCUACUUAGUUUUCAGUAUAAAUAGAAAGUCACAACAAAUAAAGUGCACUCAAAGGUGCAAAUAUGUUUGUGCAUAUUUUAGGUAUAAUAAGUUGUUUUAUAGGAGGACUGUGUGUAUUUUUAAAUUCUAACCCAUGUUUACUGACAAAUCUGUUUCACUACAGUGACUAUAGUGACUAUACAUGUAAACUGAAAUUUCACAACCUCACAAUAUAUGUUAAGCUGUAAUACACUGUCAGUUAUUGAAAUAAGUAUGGACAAUAAAUUAUUUUUGAAAAUAAAUCCUGUUUCCAAAAAAUAACAAUAUUUAACAUUCAACUUGGAGGCGACAACAAAGAGCAACCCACGGCUGUUUUUCACUUUUAUUGAAUAUUUUUGUUUCCACUUAAUAACUCGGGAGUGCACAGUUUGAGCUUUCAGAGGCAGCUUUUAUCAUUCCUUUUGAUUGUGAUGAAUGCAAGUAUUGUUAUCAUAUGUGUUUUACAUAACAUCUGUACUCGGGUUUGACCGAUAUUCUCGUUUGCUGACUGAUAUUCAGCAAACUCUUUAUGGCACCCAGUUAAAAGAAGAAACACCAGAUUCGGUUUGAUGGAUUUUAUGCCUUUUAAAAUGUAAUAAUAUUGGCACUGCUUUCCUCCUAAAAUAAUUGUAUAAGCACAGGUUUUGGCAGAGAUGUAAUGCUAUUUCAGAACAACAAGAAUAACAUCUUGAAGUCUUAAAUACUUUUGAGGACUUACUUGCCAUAAAAAUAGUCAAACUUAAGUGCUGAAUGUUGGGGCGCUCCAGAAGCGUCAGUAUUAAAUAUCAAAAACCCAUAUCGGUCGAAUCCUAGUGUGUGUUCCUGCAAAUCCACUUGUUAAAUUUCAAACUGUCCAUAAAACAAAACAAAACAUGUGAAAUGUUGACAGGAAUUGUCAUGUUUACUGAUAAGCUGAGAGACAGGCAUGAGCAGCACGCCGAAUGAUGAAUACGAUGACAUUUAAACAAUAGCUACCAUAAAGUUCUGCCCACUGAA